GUCCAGCACUGUACACAGGUUUCUUGAAGUCUAGUGUAAAUUUCAGUGAGGUCAAUUGGUAUUAACUCCUAAGUCAACUUUCCACUGUAAUAACACUGUAAUUACACACAUUUCCCAAAGUGAUCUCUGGUCAGCUGCCUGUUGGCGAUCAGGCACACUCACACAGCUGCUGCCGGUCUCCACGCAAGCCCCACCCCUUUUGCCCUUUAACCUUCCCGCCCCGGGUCUAGGUAUAUAUACUGCGUUCGGGACUGCGAGAGGUCUCCCGGCCGCCACCAUGAAGGCUCGCAUCGUGUCUGUCUGCUGUUUGCUCACCUUGCUGCUUUUUCACGCCACGGCAGAUGAAGAAGAAGAAGACUUCACAACCGUCCUCAGAGACAGAUCUCACAUCGAUGAGACUCUUCGAUUUGCCACUGAAGAAAAAGCAGCGGACUAUGCAGCGGCUGUUCAGAGGUUACGGAAGAUCUACCACUCCUCCAUCAAGCCAAUGGAGCAGGCCUACAAGUACAACGAGCUGAGGCAGCACGAAAUCUCAGAUGGAGAAAUUACCUCCAAGCCCAUGGUGCUGUUCCUUGGACCGUGGAGUGUAGGAAAGUCAUCCAUGAUUAAUUACCUCCUGGGCUUGAAUGAUAGCCCCUAUCAGCUCUACACAGGAGCUGAGCCGACUACCUCUGAGUUCACCGUCAUAAUGCACGGCGAGAAGAUCCGCUCGGUGGAGGGCAUCGUGAUGGCGGCCGAUAGCUCUCGAUCCUUUUCGCCUUUGGAGAAAUUUGGGCAAAACUUCCUGGAAAAGUUGAUCGGGAUCGAAAUGCCCCACAAGCUGCUGGAACGCGUUACUUUCGUGGACACGCCGGGAAUCAUCGAGAACCGCAAACAGCAGGAGCGAGGGUACCCCUUCAACGAUGUUUGCCAGUGGUUCAUCGACCGUGCUGAUCUGAUCUUUGUGGUGUUUGAUCCGACGAAGCUGGACGUUGGUCUGGAGCUGGAGAUGCUCUUCCGUCAACUGAAGGGCCGCGAGUCGCAGAUUCGCAUCAUCCUGAACAAGGCCGACAACCUGGCCACGCAGGAUUUGAUGCGAGUGUACGGAGCGCUUUUCUGGAGCUUGGCCCCGCUCAUCAACGUGACGGAGCCCCCGCGGGUCUACGUUAGCUCUUUCUGGCCCUACGACUACGCUCCGGACACUAGCCGUGAGCUCUUCAAGCGGGAGGAGAUCUCCCUUCUGGAGGAUCUCAACCAAGUGAUCGAAAAUCGUAUGGAGAACAAGAUCGCUUUCAUCCGCCAGCACGGCAUUCGCGUUCGUAUCCACGGCCUCCUGGUGGAUCGCUACGUCCAGACCUUCAAAGAGAAGAUGAGUUUCUUCAGCGACCCGGAACUUGUAUUCAAGGAGAUCGUGGACGAUCCGGACAAGUUCUACAUUUUCAAGUCAAUCUUGGCCAAGACUAACGUCAGCAAGUUUGAUCUCCCCAACCGCGAUGCCUACCGCGACUUCUUCGGAAUCAACGCCAUCACCAGUUUCAAACCCUUGUCGGCCCAGUGCUCCUACAUCGGCGGCUGUCUUCUGGAUAAGAUCGAGAAGGCCAUCACCAACGAAUUGCCCGGCCUCUUGAGCAGCAUCAACUCGGGCAAACAGCCCGGACUUUCUUCGUGCGAGGCCACCGGCUGCGGGGAGAAGCCCAAAAACCGCUAUCGGAAGAACUGAGAUUUCAAAUGACAUUUUGAGCAACGGGGGAGGGGGGAGGUGAAGAAAAUGACAGCGCUCUGAUGGAGGGCCAACCUUUAUUCAGAAGACCAGGCGAAAGGAAACUGAUAUUACAGCUCUAUUUUCCUCAGGAGACCACGGGAGAUGCAUUUUUGGGACUGGGGGCGGGGACGGUAGGUGUGGCAGACAGCUGGAGGGGCGGGGUCAUUGUCUGAAGAGGGCAGCUUAAGGAUACAAGUGUUGAUAGGUUGAAAUAUUGGACUGUCUGCAAGGUUUUGGGGGAAGGACUGAUGUCAAGAAACUGGGCACGGGGCAUUGGAGAACAGCCAGAACCGAUACCGCACCACUUGUUUGUGAAUAAAACAGGAAUUGGAAAGAGGCUUUGUCAAUUUGUGUCGUAAAAACAGGGGGGAGAAGACAGCGUGGGUCGAUUCCAAAACGCUUCAGACAUUGGGUGCUAUACAAGCCUCUGUUUUGCUUGACUAACAAUGACUAAUCUUGCAUGUCAUUGUAGGCCCAUCUUAACUUCGUUAGCGCAUGCGUUUGCCAACCGGGAGUAUUUCCGAAUCAUUUGAGAUACACUCGUUGACAAUCUGUGAAAUGUGAUGGAAGCAGAGCUCGAGGGUCAUCACCAAGGGCGUAGGUUUGGUCUCAGCAUUGGUAGGGACGAUAUAAACUGCAUGUACUUUUUGCUGGGGAUGGGUCAUUUAUAAGACCAAACAGACUGGGUCAGCGGGGUCAGGGCUACAUUUCUCACCAAUAUGAACCUAAUUAAUUGAUAGGCUAAAUGAUGAAUGUAAAAUAAAUCUUUAUUGCCUUUAUUAACUUUCACGUGUAUUGGUACAGCUGAUACACCAUUUAAUUCAAACCUUUAUUCUCAAAAACUACUAAAGAAACAUUUUGAGAUUUUCCAGAAUAAAUGUCUGGAUUUUAUUGGAAAAUUUUAGGGCUGUCAACCGAUGAAAAUUUUUAAUCGAGUUAAUUACAGCUUAAAAAUUAAUUAAUCGUAAUUAAUCGCAAUUAAUUGCAAUUCAAACCAUCUAUAAAAUAUGCCAUAUUUUUCUGUAAAUUAUUUUUGGAAUGGAAAGAUAAGACGAAAGACGGAUAUUUACAUUCAACGUACGGUACAUAAGUACUGUAUUUGUUUAUUAUAACAAUAAAUCAACAAGAUGGCAUUAACAUUACUAACAUUCUGUUAAAGUGAUCCAUGAAUAGAAAGACUUGUAGUUCUUAAAAGAUAAAUGUUAGUACAAGUUAAUGUUUUCCUUUUAAUAAAUUGUGUAAAAUUUUCUUACAAAAAAUAAACUAGUAGCUCGCCAUUGUUGAUGUCAAUAAUUACACAAUGCUCAUGGGUGCUGAAACCCAUAAAAUCAGUCGCACCCAAGCACCAGCAGAGGGCGGAAAAAACAC